CUCCACCACUACGCACCCCUUUCCACCACCACAACACUCUAUCUUCAUUCUUCACGGCAUCAAGGCGAUGUGACGGUGGUCGCGAUUGGUUAUUGGAUUUUUAGAGUUUCAGGUGGCACCUCUCUCUCUUCUUCUUCACGGCGUCCCGCCUCCUCCUCCUUUGUUGUCUUGCGACAACCCAAAGUUUUUGUUCUUACCCCAUUAUUAUACUCUCUUUCGAGCUCUCAGGAUUGUACCAUAAAAGUUUGGGAAACUAAACAGGGGAAGUUAAUUCGUGAGUUGAAGGGCCAUGGACAUUGGGUCAAUUCUCUGGCACUUAGUACUGAGUAUGUCCUUCGGACCGGAGCUUUUGAUCACACAGGAAAGAAGUGUUCUUCCCCAGAGGAAAUGAAGGAGGUUGCUUUGGCUAGAUACAACAAAAUGAGAGGUGAUGCUCCAGAGAGACUGGUUUCAGGUUCUGAUGAUUUCACCAUGUUUCUAUGGGAACCUUCUGUAAGCAAGCACCCUAAAGCUCGAAUGACAGGGCAUCAACAGCUUGUGAAUCAUGUUUACUUUUCUCCUGAUGGGCAAUGGGUGGCAAGUGCUCCCUUUGAUAAAUCUAUUAAGUUGUGGAAUGGUGUUACGGGGAAAUUUGUUGCUGUUUUUCGGGGUCAUGUUGGGCCUGUUUAUCAAAUAAGUUGGUCUGCAGAUAGCAGACUCCUAUUGAGUGGUAGCAAGGACUCCACGCUAAAGAUAUGGGAUAUCAGAACGCAGAAGCUGAAACAAGACCUUCCAGGCCACGCAGAUGAAGUUGGAAAUUUUAAUUUAGAUUGGACUCACUGGACUUCUACAAUUGGAACCGCGUCAAGCUAAGAUACUGUGAUGGAGCUUCCUUUGCUGGCGAUUCCAAGUUUGACAUGGGACCUCAGUGAUUUACUUUAGAGGGCAAAAAAUUUGGCAGGCAAUGAUUCUUGAUCUUCUUCCAAAAGGGUUGGCACAUGCAAAGAAGGCUUUGCUUUCUGGUUGCUCUGCAGGGGGUUUAGUAGUGUUCUUGCACUGUGACAACUUAUCCAGGUUUCUACCAAGAAAUACUACUGUCAAAUGUCUGAGUGAUGCCAGUUUUUUCUUGGACAUGCAAGUCCUCUCCACUGCUCGAUCGAGUCCUACAAUGUUUUGCUUUAAUCGAACAGCUCUGGUGGAAGGAAAUGAGAGAAGUAGGCCACGGUGAUAAGAAGGACCAAGAUUGGUGGCCGAGCAUGACCACUCUAAAGGACCUAAUUUUUUCUUUGGACACUUCAAAUUUUUUUUUGGACGAAAAUUGUAAUAUUUUAGCCUUUUUUAAUGAAAAAAUGUAACUUUAUAUAUAUGUUAAUGUUUCUAUAUCAGUUUAAGUGGAAAAAAUGCAAAACAAAAAUUUUUUUAUUUAUUUUUUUGG